AUGGAAACUCAGGCGGCGGAUCCCAACGGGAAGGACGAACAGCUGAGCGAGAAAAGCAAACGAAUACAAGAACUCAAAGAUCUGAACACUCGACUGGUGGCGACCCAACAGGAGAAGGAACAGCUUCUGCUCGAGAAAGCCCAACGAAUACAGGAAUGCGAAGAUCUCCUGGUGGCGACCCAACAGGAGAAGGAACAGUUUCUGCUCGAGAAAGCCCAACGAAUACAGGAAUGCGAAGAUCUCCUGGUGGCGACCCAACAGGAGAAGGACCAGCAGCUGCACGAGAAAGCCCAACGAAUACAGGAAUGCGAAGAUCUCAACUUUCAACUGACUGAAAAGGAGCAAGCUGUAGAAGAAAGCGAGCGACUGCGAGGAGAAAUAUCACGACUCAGACAGAUCUUCGGCGUUGGAUGCUGCGUUUGUAUGGAGAGCAAGCUCUUGCGUUGUAUCCUGCCGCACCAUGCGGCCAAUGGUCAUCUGUGA